AUGAGCGAUUCUUCAUGUUCUUCAGAUACAUGUUGUGAUAGAGGCCUAUUGAAUUUAGGGGAUUGUAUCUGUGAUUAUGGAUUUUUUGGUGAUAAUUGUGGAGAAUAAAUAUCUGAAAUUUUCACUCCCUAAUACUAUAUUUUCAUUGGCUUAUAUUGUUUGGUGUUUUUAUACACAUUAUUAAAUGCAAGUUAUUAGCUUUAUCAUAAGAUAUUUGAUAAAAACCUAACUAUACAAGAGAAGUAAAAGUAAAAUUGAAAUAGAUCUUAGAUAUCCAUUAAGCUAUUAAUAGCAUCUCCUAAAAACAUAAUUUUAACCUUAUCCUGUUUGUUUAGCUUAGUAAAGUUGAU